AGCCACUAUCCAUCGUGUGAGGUGGAAGUGGAGGGCCAAAACUUGUCGUGUGAUUUCGUGCCGCUGAGUAUGAUUGAGUUCGAUGCAAUCCUGGGGAUGGAUUGGCUUGAGAAGCAUCAUGCUAGGGUCGAUUGUUACACGAAAGUACUUGAACUCGAAGGCAAUGAAGGGGUAACCUUACGCUUCGAGGGGGAUAGGGCAAAAUCCAAUAGUUGUAUCAUAUCCGCCGUGAGGGCUAAGAAUAUGAUGAGGAAGGGGUGUCACGCAUAUCUAGCGUAUGUGGUGGACAAAACCAAAGAAGAUACGAGCAUUGAUGAUGUUAGGGGGUAACCUUACGCUUCGAGGGGGAUAGGGCAAAAUCCAAUAGUUGUAUCAUAUCCGCCGUGAGGGCUAAGAAUAUGAUGAGGAAGGGGUGUCACGCAUAUCUAGCGUAUGUGGUGGACAAAACCAAAGAAGAUACGAGCAUUGAUGAUGUUAGGGUAGUAUGCAAGUAUCGGGACGUCUUUCCUAAAGACUUACCGGGACUUCCACCCGAUAGGGAGAUUGAGUUCGUGAUCGAGGUCGAGCCCGGCACCAAACCAAUCUCCAUACCGCCAUACCGUAUGGCACCCGCUGAACUUAACGAGUUGAAAACCCAAUUGCAAGAGCUUUUGGAUAAUGGUUUCAUUAGACCAAGCCACUCCCCGUGGGGAGCACCAGUUCUUUUUGUGAAAAAGAAAGAUGGGACACUUCGAAUGUGUAUUGACUAUCGUCAACUGAACAAGGUCACAAUCAAGAAUAGGUAUCCUUUGCCUAGAAUUGAUGACUUGUUUGACCAACUACGAGGGGCAACCGUGUUUUCAAAGAUCGAUUUGAGGUCGGGUUACCAUCAAUUGAAGAUUAAGGAAGACGACAUACCAAAGAGUGCUUUCCGCACAAGGUAUGGACAUUUUGAGUUCCUUGUUAUGUCGUUUGGGUUAACAAACGCCCCAGCGGCAUUCAUGGACUUGAUGAACCGAGUAUUCCAUAAAUACUUGGAUCGAUUCGUGAUUGUGUUCAUAGACGACAUUUUGAUUUACUCAAAGAGUGAGGAAGAGCAUGAAGAGCACUUGAUACUCGUUCUUGAGACACUACGGGAGAAGCAACUUUAUGCCAAAUUUUCUAAAUGUGAAUUUUGGCUAAAGGAAAUUGGCUUUCUCGGGCAUGUGGUUUCGGGAUCGGGAAUUGCUGUUGAUAAUAAGAAGAUAGAGGCCAUUACCGAAUGGGAGAGACCAAGGAAUGUCAAGGAGAUUCGUAGUUUCCUUGGAUUGGCAGGCUAUUACAGAAAGUUCGUGGAAAAGUUCUCUGUUUUGGCGUCGCCGUUGACGAAGCUCACUCGAAAGGGAGCUAAGUUUAUAUGGGAUGACAAAUGUGAGAAAGGAUUCAUCGAACUAAAGAAGAGAUUGACCGAGGCACCGGUACUUGCAUUACCCAAACAGGGUGUGGGGUACGAUGUCUAUAGUGACGCGAGCAUCCAAGGGUUUGGGUGUGUGUUGAUGCAGGAAGGGAGGGUAAUUGCCUAUGCUUCACGACAGUUGAAGAAGCAUGAGGUAAAUUAUCCUACCCAUGAUCUGGAGCUGGGAGCAGUGGUGUUUGCACUGAAGAUAUGGAGACAUUAUCUCUACGGGGAGACAUGUCACAUAUACACUGAUCACAAGAGCUUGAAGUACGUGUUUACUCAGAAAGAGCUAAACAUGAGACAGAGACGGUGGAUGGAGCUGAUAAAAGACUACCAUCUAGUGAUAGAGUACCACCCAGGCAAGGCAAAUGUGGUGGCAGAUGCUUUGAGCCGGAAGAGCUCGUCUGGGGCAUUGCUAGCUAAUUUGAGGGCAUUAAGAGCCCAACUGGAGGUAUCCAGCGAUGGUGCCUUAUUGGCACGAUUUGAGGUGAGACCUACUUUACUUGAUGAGAUCAAGAAGGGUCAGGAAACCGACGAAGAAAUUAUGAAGAUCCGGGAACGCAUGCAAGUGGGACCGGUGGAGGACUUCAGAGAAAGAGAUGACGGUCUCUUAUUAUUUCGUGACCGAGUGUGUGUACCGGCAGAUGAGGAGCUCCGAAAGUCCAUCUUAGAGGAGGCUCAUUCAUCGGCGUAUGCCAUGCACCCGGGGGGCACGAAAAUGUACCGUGACUUGAAAGAAAGUUACUGGUGGUCUGGGAUGAAGAGGGAAAUAGCCGAAUACAUUAGUCGAUGCCUUACUUGUCAACAAGUUAAGGCGGAACAUCAGCAUCCAGCAGGCUUAUUGCAGCCACUUUCCAUUCCUGAAUGGAAGUGGGAACACGUGACUAUGGAUUUCGUGGUAGGUUUACCACGGACAAUCAGGAACUAUGAUGCAGUUUGGGUCGUUGUGGAUAGGCUCACAAAGAGUGCACACUUCUUGCCUAUCAACACUACCUACCCACUUGAGAGGUUAGCCAAAUUGUAUACGGAUGAGAUCGUGAGGCUGCAUGGGGUCCCAGUGACCAUUGUAUCCGAUAGAGACCCACGAUUCACAUCACGUUUUUGGCCGAAAUUUCAGGAGUCUAUGGGAACGAGGUUGAAGUUCAGUACUGCUUUCCACCCACAGACGGAUGGACAGUCUGAAAGAGUCAUACAGAUCUUGGAAGACAUGUUGAGGGCUUGUGCAUUGGAGUUCCAAGGAAGUUGGGACAACCACUUAGCACUUGUGGAGUUUGCCUAUAACAACAGUUAUCAGGCAAGCAUCGGCAUGCCUCCAUACGAGGCAUUGUAUGGGAGAAGGUGUCGUACACCGUUAUGC